AUGCAGCCCCCCUAUGCCGGCAGCCUCCCCAACGGCUUCUCGUCCGCGCCCAACUACUCGGCCACCAAGCACAAGGCCAUUGAGGAUGCCCGCGCCGCCCAGGCCGUCGUGGUGCGCGAGUGCGCCGAGGCCGGCCGCGAGGUGCCGCCGUACAAGCUGCUCGAGCUCAUCGGCAAGGGCAGCUUCGGGCGUGUGUACAAGGCCGUGGGCACCAAGACGAGCCAGCUGGUGGCCGUCAAGGUCAUCAGCAUCGAGGAGGGCGACGGCAUCCAGCCGGGGGCUGCCGACACGCUGGGCGACAUCCUCAAGGAGGUCAACACGCUCAAGCUGCUGAGCAACAGCGGCGCGCGCAACGUCAACGCCGUCGUCGACACCCAUCUGGUUGGCCAGGCCGUGUGGGUGGUGACCGAGUACUGCGCCGGCGGCAGCGUCGCGUCGCUGAUGCGUCCCACGAGCGGCCUGGCCGAGCGCUGGAUCAUCCCGAUCCUGCGCGAGGUCGCCGAGGCCCUGUUCUGGGUGCACAAGCAGGGCAUCAUCCACCGCGACAUCAAGUGCGCCAACGUGCUCGUCACCGAGGCCGGCGGCGUCCAGCUGUGCGACUUUGGCGUCGCCGGCAUCAUGGAGACCAAGUUCGACAAGCGCAGCACCAUCACCGGCACCCUGCACUGGAUGGCCCCCGAGCUCUUCGACCCCCACGUCGCCUACGGCAUCGAGGUCGACAUCUGGGCCUUUGGGUCCAUGGCCUACGAGAUCGCCAACGGCCUGCCGCCAAACGCCACCGCCCGCAUCAACAUCCAGCAGUUUGGCGCCUACCUCAAGCAGCAUCGCCCGCGGCUCCAGGGCGACCGCUUCUCCGACAACCUCAAGAACCUCAUCGCCUUCUGCCUGGUCGAGGACCCCAAGCGGCGACCGCCCAUUGAGGACGUCCAGCGACACCCGUACAUCUUCAACACGCACGACCGGUACCCCACCGUGUCUCUUGCUAGGUUGGUGGCCGAUUACAAGCACUGGGAGUCGCAGGGGGGGAGCAGGCAGUCUCUCUUCUCGGCCGGUGGUGCCCAGGGACCGCGCAGAGAUCGAUCGCCUGUCCGCCAGAGCGGCUGGGACUUUGGCAACUUCGAUGAGGUGGACGAGCUCAUGUUCCAGAACACAGCCAAGCCACGCCCUGCCCCCGAGUACUACCCCAGCGUUGCCUCCAGCCCCGAAAACACGGCGCGGCCCAUGCAGCGUCGACGCAGGCGUCCACCCCCGACCAUGAAGGAACUCAAGGCGCCUCUGGAAAAGGUCUUUGAUCCGUACACCAUCACCAACUACGGCGACGCCUCGCGGGCCUGGUAUGGCAGGAUACCGAUGCCGCCGCCGACGUCGGCUCCGGCGCCGUCGCAGAAGAAGCCCGAGCCGAAGCCGAUGGCGAAAACAGAGUCGCCAGCACCUGCUCGAGAGUCGUUGAUCGAUCUCGACCUUGCGUUCGAUAGCGACACCGGUCCCAGGAUGGCGUCCAGCCUCGAUGAGGAGACGAUCAAGCCAGCCACGCGGCCCAUCUCGAUCGACCUCAGCGGAUCUAAAUGGAGCUUUUCUACUGUGGAAAAACGAAGCACGCAGGAGUGGUCGUUUCCCACGGCCAAACGCGAUACCCAAGAGUGGACUUUUCCUGCCAUGACGCCCGUCACGGCUGCGUUUGCCCCCCUUUCAGAUACCUACAAUAGCGACAACGAGGAUUUCUCGGGUGAUACGCACCUGCGGCCGCCGCACUCAUACGACGACACAGGCGCCCCGACGAAUCGCGACUCCGCCAUGAGUCUCAUUGACCUCGAUGCUUCCUUGGCGGAUGACGGGGGCUAUAGCGCGCCUAGUUCAUUCGCUCCAAGCUCGCACAUACGGUCAUCUGAUUCGGUCCACGGAUCCUUGUCGUUUGACCUGGAGCUCGACGCCGACGCGGACAUGAACACGAGAGAGCCGUCCUUGUACAUUGACGACGACAUGGAGUCCGUCCCCUCCCUGACGCGGCAGCUGAGCGACCUGCAGAGCACGCCCACCACGCCCGACGAAAGGCCAAACAAUCAAUGGGGGGAGCCGUCCGGCCUGGGCAUCAUGACGAGCGCCCGCAACUCCUCCAUCAUGACGUCCCUGCCGCCGCUCCCGAACGCCCCCUCGCCGAAUGUCCUACAGGGCCUAGGCACCCAGGAGGACUUGAAGAACGAGCUGCACCUCAUGAUAUCGAGCAUGAGGGAGCAUCUCCAAUAUGCAAACGACUGGCUGAAAACAUUUGAUACCCCGUCACACGAAGAUGACGAACAACACCAACACGGAGAGCACAUCGGCGAAGGGGAGGAGCUGCGGGAGCAGGAGCAGGAAACAGCAUAA